ACGGUGAAUCGCGCAUGCUCAUUGUGUCUCCUUCACUGUCCCCUAUCUUUGCCAAGCAGAUUCUUCAUGCUAGUUGGUGGGAGAGAACUAAAGUACGCUAGCUUUGACAGGGUGAAGGAAGAACAGUGCUCAGACGCUUCACAACAUAACAUCGGUGCAAUGGCUGUUCCUCCUUCAUAUUCAGACCUGGGCAAGACUGCCAAGGACAUAUUCAGCAAGGGCUAUGGCUUCGGCAUUGUGAAGCUGGACCUGAAGACCAAGUCUCAGAGUGGAGUGAUGGAGUUCAACACAUCAGGUUCCAGUAACACAGACACGGGGAAGGCUGCAGGUAACCUGGAGACCAAGUACAAGAUGAAGGAGCUGGGCCUGAGCUUCAACCAGAAGUGGAACACCGACAACACCCUGGCUACAGAGGUCACUGUGGAGGACCAGCUGGCUCAGGGACUCAAGGUGGCCCUGGACACAUCCUUCGUACCAAACACGGGCAAGAAGAGUGGCAAGCUGAAGACUGGCUACAAGCGUGACUUCCUUAAUGUGGGCUGUGAUGUUGACUUCGAGGGUCCCAUAAUCCACGCAGCAGCCGUGGUGGGCUAUGACGGCUGGCUUGCCGGGUACCAGAUGGCCUUCGAUAUGGCCAAGUCCAAACUGGCCCAGAACAACUUCGCCCUGGGAUACAAGGCUGGAGACUUCCAGCUCCACACCAACGUUAAUGAUGGGACUGAGUUUGGAGGUUCUAUCUACCAGAAGGUGGAUGACAAGCUGGAGACGGCGGUCACUCUGGCCUGGACGGCCGGCAGCAACAACACACGCUUCGGCAUCGCAGCCAAAUACGCCCUGGACAAAGAUGCUUCCCUGUCUGCCAAAGUGAACAACGCCAGCCUGAUUGGAGUCGGCUACACCCAGACCCUCAGGCCAGGUGUGAAGGUGACUCUGUCGGCCCUGAUCGACGGGAAGAACUUCAACACCGGCGGCCACAAAGUGGGCCUGGGCUUCGAGCUGGAGGCAUAGAGCGGCAGGGAACAAGACCCAACAACCAAGAGAAGAGCCCAGAACCAAUCACCCCCAUUCCCAACCCCACACACCCUACCACAGCCCUUAUCCAAAACAAUCAUCCUGUAGACACUCCAUUCCCACCUCUCUCUCACACACCACAGUCCCUUUACACUCACACACGUCGAGUGUUUUGGCAGUAAUGGUCAAACCUGUGGCCGUCUUGUCCAUCUUGUCUAAAGUGGCUAAAAUACAUGAAUGGAGAGACUGAGAGGCAUUCUGUAAUGUCAUGGCCGUUAUAGUCUAGCCUUUUGGUUUAGUUGGUUAGUUAUCACUACUGGUCAUCUAGUUUGAAAUGGAGUGUUUCAGUCUGAGUGCAUAAAGGCAAGCACUGGGGAUGGAUACCUCCCCUUUUAGCUGACGUUGUACAGAAACACUGGCUAAGUUUUUUUGUAAAUCUUCUGACUGGUUACUGAAGCGGCACUAAUAUUUCAGUAGGAGUUUGGCUGAGUAGUCUUCGGUAAACGUGUCGCUCGGCGUGAACUUACGUUUAUUUUCCCCUUCGUAUUUCAUUGUAAGCAUGUCUGAAUGAAUACCGGGUGUAGGACAGGAGGCUUAGUAAGGAUGGAAGCCGGAUGCAUUUGAAGCCCGGUGUUCUCUUGGUUUAAAAAGAAUGCCGUCUGUUUCUUUUGUAUUGGUUCGAGUAUAAAAUGUUUCGGUGUAUUUUGGUUGUGCUGUGUUCAGUUGUGGACCAUGUUGUCCGUUAAACCCAGUGUGAUCGUAGGAUGUUUGUGAUUUUGGAUGGGCACAACUUCAAUUGUAUGCCACUUCAGCCAAUUUUCUUUCAAUUCCUGACUUGACCGAACUGAGAUUUUAAGUGAGCCCAACCCUGAGAGGGAACCAACCAUUUCACCACCGCUACAGUCUGCUGUUACUGUAACUACACUGAAGACGGGAGUCUGCAGGAGAGUUUAAGGAAGAUUCUACAUUACGCAUACAGCGCUACAAACAGAAGGACCUAUUAGGAUUAUUGUCGGCUGAAUGCAGUUCUACAUGUCCCAAAACGCAAUAUUUCUUCAUCUCCUUGUCUUUGCUCUGAGGCCACUCGUCUUUAGAGGACAGCUGGUAGGUGAAAGCAAUAUGGUGAAAUCUUCCCAGUAGGUGAGAAAAUAUGUCAUUUCUACAGUGUUGCUUAUAUCUAACUACUCUUAAGAUCUGUGGUCACAUGAAGAGGGAUGUGGAUGUUGUUGCUCAUGCUGCUUUAGACUUACACUCCUUCCUGGCUGUCAUUGGUGCCCCUGGGAGCCAAACGACCCUCCCUGUAUGUCCCACUCUCUGUACAUAGUAUACAUAUUCUCCUCCCGAGUUUCAACACUCGUACCUGCUAAAUGACUUAAAUGUAAAUGUACGGUGAGACAACAUUUGAAGGGAUGCUGUUGUGUAGGCUCGGUCCCUCCUUUACCAAGUCAUAAACCAUGACUCCAUGUAUCUUUGUUUUCUUUCCAAUUUUGUCAUAAUUAUGAAUCUUUUUGAAUUGGUUGUGUUCAAGACACAGCAUCUCGUUUUUUCCCCCCAACCUCAAGUAAUGGAAUUCUAAUUAAAAAAAGCUUGUCUUGA